CUCCGCCCUCCAUCGCUUGCCACUCGCUUCUCGUUUCCAGGAAUCGGACGACGUACAAGAAUCUAUCAUACGAUAGAAACGACUAAUACCGAAACAUUCAUCCUACAUGGCUUCAAAGCGCGGCUCAGAGGCUCCCUCGGACGACUCGAUGCGUCUGAAACGUCCCAGGCGAGAGGAGGAGAGCACGAGCUACGUCGAUGUCGACGACGACGAUGACGCAUCCGCACCGCCCACCUCCGUUGUACCUCGUGGAGCUACCAUCAACUUCAGCGCCCUCACUCGCAAGCUGGCGGAGCAGCGUCGAGCGCAGCAGUCCGACGAGCAUGGAGAUGGCUCGUCGCUUAGCAAACACCGCAGGCAACAGAACAAGUUGGUUUCUCACAUAUUCAUGGACCAAGACUUUUCGUGGUUGCACCUCAAACCGGAUCACGCUGCGCGCCCGCUGUGGAUAAGCCCGGAAGACGGGAGCAUCAUCCUCGAGGCCUUUUCCCCGAUCGCAGAGCAGGCGCAGGACUUCCUCGUAGCUAUCAGCGAGCCUGUGAGCAGACCGGCCUUUUUGCACGAAUACAAAAUCACGUCCUACUCUCUAUACGCCGCAGUCUCGGUCGGCCUUCAGACGGAGGAUAUCAUCGAAGUAUUGAACCGAUACUCCAAGGUCCCUGUCCCCGAAUCAAUCACCACUUUUAUCCGCGAAAGGACGCUUUCCUAUGGAAAGGUCAAGCUCGUGUUGAAGCACAACAAAUACUACGUCGAAUCCAGCCAUCCGGACACGCUCCAGUUCCUACUCAAGGAUAAAGUCAUCCGAGAAGCACGCGUUAUUUCUCAGCAGACGGACAACAGCAUCAGAGGGAACACGUUCACCACCGCCAAGGCUCCGACCAAGAGCAACCUUAUCAUCCCGGGCUCGUCGGAGGCCCUCAAGAAGAAGGAUGAGAUUAGUGGCGGCUCCACAUCCGGCGCCGGCGACAACGCGAAUGCCACGAAUGACGCCGAACUGUUCACUUCGGUAGUCGGCGUUGACGCAGACGAGAUCGAUGACGAGGACGACAACGUCCAUUCAUUCGAGAUUGAUGAUGCGAAGAUCGACGAUGUGAAGAAGCGAUGCAACGAGCUCGAAUACCCGAUGCUGGAGGAGUACGACUUCCGGAACGACACGAUCAACCCCAAUCUGGACAUCGAUCUGAAACCCGCAACCGUCAUCAGGCCCUACCAGGAGACGAGCUUAUCGAAGAUGUUCGGGAACGGUCGCGCGAGAUCCGGGAUUAUAGUGCUUCCCUGUGGCGCUGGCAAGACCCUCGUGGGCAUCACUGCGGCCUGUACGAUCAAGAAAUCGUGUUUCGUACUCUGCACAUCCUCAGUAUCGGUGAUGCAGUGGAAGCAGCAGUUCAUGCAGUGGUCCAACAUCACCGAUCGACAGAUUGCCGUCUUCACCGCUGAUCAGAAGGAGAAGUUCGCGGGCGAGAGCGGGAUUGUCAUUUCGACGUAUUCAAUGGUGGCGAAUACGCACAAUAGGUCCCACGACGCUAAGAAGAUGAUGGACUUCCUGACUUCUCGUGAAUGGGGUUUCAUUCUCCUGGACGAGGUGCACGUCGUUCCCGCGGCCAUGUUCCGUAGGGUGGUCACUACCAUAAAAGCCCACGCGAAGCUGGGCUUGACGGCGACGCUUGUUCGGGAAGAUGACAAGAUCGCUGACCUGAACUAUAUGAUUGGGCCCAAGCUCUACGAAGCCAACUGGAUGGAUCUUGCGGCGAAGGGCCAUAUUGCAAAUGUCCAGUGCGCGGAAGUGUGGUGUCCUAUGACGCCAGAGUUCUAUCGGGAGUACUUGCGCGAGCAGUCGCGGAAGCGCAUGCUUCUCUACUGCAUGAACCCGAAGAAGUUUCAGGCGUGCCAGUUCCUGAUCAAGUACCACGAGGACCGAGGCGACAAGAUUAUCGUGUUCUCAGACAAUGUGUACGCGCUCGAGGCAUAUGCAAAGAAGCUCGGGAAGCUCUAUAUCCACGGUGGAACGGGCCAGGUCGAGCGCAUGAGAAUCUUGCAGUACUUCCAACAUAGCCCGGCGGUCAACACGAUAUUCUUGUCCAAGGUCGGGGAUACUUCGAUCGACCUGCCCGAGGCCACAUGCCUCAUCCAAAUCUCUUCGCACUUUGGGUCGCGUCGACAGGAGGCGCAACGGCUGGGCCGCAUUCUCCGCGCAAAACGUCGAAACGACGAAGGCUUCAACGCGUUUUUCUACUCGCUCGUGUCAAAGGACACGCAGGAGAUGUUCUACAGCACGAAGCGGCAGCAGUUCUUGAUCGAUCAAGGGUACUCGUUCAAGGUCAUCACCCAUCUCGACGGGCUCGAGGACCAGCCCGACCUCGUGUACAAGUCGCGGGACGAGCAGAUCGAGCUCCUGUCGUCCGUCCUGCUGGCGAACGAGAGCGAGGCCGAUCUCGGGUCGGAUAUCCGGGCGGGAGAAGGCGACCUGGCGGGCACGGUGACGUCGAAGGACUUUGGGGUGCCGACCAAGUCCCGCGCGGCGGCGGCGGCGGCGCCGUACAGGACGUCCGGAUCUUUGACGGCGCUGAGCGGCGGGCAGCACAUGUCGUACAUCGAGCAGAACAAGAGCGCGAACAAGAAGCUGGCGAGGGAGGCGGCGCCGCGGAGCAAACUGUUUGCGAAACGGGAGAAGGACCGGGCGGCGGCGCGGAAGGCUGCUCGGGGAUGAUCAUGAUAUACGUGCUGCGGGUUUGUGAGGCGAUCGCAGGCGGGGGGUUGGGGGGGUGGUGCUCCGGGCGACCGGCCGUGUAUCGCAGGUAGACCAACAUGUCGUGCAAUUCAUUCUGUGUGCGCGUGGGUACGGUGGCCCCCGCUCCGAUGGGUUCUUCGCGCGUCCGGGGGGUGCGGAGAUGCGCGCGACGGUUGUCAGCGACGGAGGACGAGAUCACUGCGCGGCGGGGGCAGUGCAGGGGGGCCAUGACUGUGCUGCUUGCGGCGUUU